UUGAGGUACAUUCUUAGACUAUAACUUUGAACUUCUAAGAAACAUUGCUUUUAGCCCUUCGAGUGCCAUUGCGAGACCCUGCCGCACCCGCAGGGUGCACCCUCACCCCCGCCGCCUCCUCGGGAGAGAGGAAGAGGAAAAACCCACUCACCCACGCAGGCGGCAGCACGGCGGGGCCGCGGGAGCGGGGACCCCCGGCGGCGGGCGGGACAGCGCGGGGAGCGGAGCGGGGCCGGCGCGGCGGGGGCGGGGCCAGCGGCGCCGGGCCGAGGGAUCCCAUAUGCCGGAGCCGGCGGGGCCAGCCCGGCCCGCUUCCCCGGGGAAGGAGGCGGAGGAGAAGGCAGGAAGCGGAGGAGAAGGCAGCCGCUGCCCCGUCCCCCCGGUGAGGUAUUCGUCUUCAUGAAGGAAAGAAACAUCUGAGAAGAUCCGAGUUAGAACUGUAGCCUUCGCUUCAAGAUGCCCCAAAGGGAAAAUACUCAUCUGCAAGUCUCAUCUUUCAAAACCGUCUGCAUUCUUUCAAUCAAAGAAAAACGUUUUUUGAGAAAGAUGACUUGUGAAAUCUGUGAACAAAGCUGAAUGAAAGGAUACUGAAUGAAAGGCGGCAUGCUGUACAAUGGACACUCAUCUUGAAGGGGUGACACUGCUCUUAAACUAAAACGGGCACUGUAAAAACACUGAUCCUGAACAAGAAUAAGGAUUAUAGAAACUGCAUCAGAAUGUUUGUUAGUCCCAGAAGAGUCAGAAAAUGCCAUUUUUUGCAGAUAUUUGCCACUUGCUUUAUACUGUAUCUUAUGAUUUUUUGGGAACCAUUUGAUAAUCACAUUGUGAGCCAUAUGAAGUCCUAUUCAUACAGAUACCUCGUAAAUAGCUACCAUUUUGUGAAUGACAGCCUGUCUAUCAACAGGGAUAACCUGGACAGAGUAGCAAGCUACCAGUACUUGAUCAACCACAGAGAGAAAUGUCAGCAGCAGGAUGUCCUCCUCCUGUUGUUCGUGAAGACUUCUCCUGAAAACCGUCAUCGGAGGGAUGCAAUUAGACAAACUUGGGGUAAUGAGAACUAUGUUCGUUCUCAACUUAAUGCCAACAUUAAAACUCUUUUUGCUUUAGGACGACCAACAGAUCAUCUGCAGCACACACGGCUGCAAAGAGAACUUCAGCUGGAAGACCGUAAAUACAAUGAUUUGAUUCAGCAAGACUUCUUGGAUACUUUCCACAAUCUUACUCUUAAAUUGCUUUUGCAGUUUAGCUGGAUGAACGCCUACUGUCCCCAUGCCAGGUUCCUUAUGUCUGCAGAUGAUGAUAUAUUUAUCCAUAUGCCAAAUCUUGUUGCUUAUCUCCAAAGUCUAGCACAAAUGGGUGUUCAAGAUCUCUGGAUUGGUCGUGUCCAUCGUGGAUCCCCUCCCAUAAGAGACAAGAGUAGCAAAUACUAUGUUCCAUAUGAAAUGUAUCAGUGGCCAUCUUAUCCUGACUACACAGCAGGAGCUGCGUAUGUAAUAUCAAAUGAUGUAGCAGCUAAAGUAUAUGAGGCUUCAUUGACUCUCAAUACAAGUCUUUAUAUAGAUGAUGUUUUCAUGGGUCUCUGUGCCAAUAAAAUGGGAAUUGUACCACAAUAUCAUGUAUUUUUUUCUGGGGAAGGAAAGGCUCCGUAUCAUCCCUGCAUUUACAACAAAAUGAUGACAUCUCAUGGACACGUAGAUGAUCUUCACCAGCUCUGGAAGCAGGCUACAGAUCCCAAAGUCAAAAAGUUUUCUUCGGGGAUUUGGGGUAGAAUAUACUGCAGACUAGUCAAUAUUGUGCUUCUCUGUAAACUAUACUACGAGGACACAUACCCUUGUUCAGCUGCAUUUUCCUAAUACUUGAAUAUCUGCAUUGAAGAUCCACUGAGCCAAAACAGAGCAACAACUUUUUAGCUGUUUAUUCAAAAUAUAUGUAAACAUGGAAAGAGGUAAAACUUAAACGUGAAUAGUUGGGGGGGAGGGUGGGAAAGAUGGUCCCAAAUUCUGUUCAGAAACUCUUACUGGAAUAGGUCUCCUAUUGUACUGCAACUUUUUACAUUGUAGCCUGGUUGGUGGUUUUUUUGUUUUGUUGUUUUUUUUUGUUUUGUUUUUUUUUUUUUUUACACUCUUCAAGGGAUGCAAGUCUGGAUUAAAUGAACUAUAAUGGACUUGACUUCUAGACUUUGAAAUGCUUGGUGAAUAUGUGUGUUACUUUGAACUUGUCAGUAAGUCUUAAUUUUUUUUUUGUUUAAAAAAAACUAUGUGAACUAAGGCACGUGAUGAUAAGAAAAUAAUCUGCUAUAUCAAAAUGGAGUAGACCUUUCAAAACACAAGGAGAACAGAACUUCUGACUUCAUGAAUGAGACUAUUGCAGUAGUUUAAGGCAAAGUAAAUUGGUUGCAAUAUUCACCAUUUCUCAGUGCUUCACAGAAAGUAAGUCUGGACCUGCACAACUGACGAACAGUGAGUGCUAGAAGUGAAGACCUGCUACAAUCUUUUUCUCAAAGCUCCCUAAAUCUUUGAAAUAGGGAAACAGUGUUUGAGUGCCCUCCGACUUGGUUGUUCUAAGUAACAAAGGAGCUCACGUUAGAUCAGGACUGAACAUGAAAGGAUAAAAAUCAAAUAUUACUCAUGUAACUGGUUUUGCUAACCUUUCUCUGCCUUCUGAAAACUGAAGCAGUAUAUCUAAAACAGUCCAGUCUUUAAUAAGCAAAUAAGCUAAAUGAGUUUUCUUUUUAGCAAUGUUUCUGCUUUCCAGUACUCAUGGUUCUAAAGGUGAAAAGCAAGGAAACGCCCCUGAGAAUGUCACUUAUAGCUAAUUUGAAGCUGUUGAAGACUUUAAAAAGCAAAAUGUCAUGCUUGCUCUAACAAAGAGAGAGGGCAUUUUCUGCACAACGUUUGACUUCACAGUGAAGGGAUAGGGAGAUGUUGGUCCACAGAAACUCAGUACACAAAUCAAAAUCACUAAAAUAUUUCUCCUGAAGUCUUUAGCACAAGAUUAUCUUGAAAAUAUCAGGGUAGUCUGUAUCCACAGAGCCCUGUAUCUUGAAUCUAUUUCAAUGUUAGUAUCACCUGCAGGAGGAACUAAACACCCAGCGCGUUGUAAAUCAGAAUAGAACUAAGUGAUGCUCAAACUCCAGCCGUUACGAGUUGUACUGUGGUGCCGUAAAAGUAUCGUAGAGAACCAGAGUUCUAGGAUGUCUGCAGUCUUUUCUUGUAUAGCUCACUAAUGGUGUUUUCACAGACUCUCAGGACAGAUAUUUUAGUUGCUAAUUGCCAAACUUGUGGUAGCUCUUCCUGGAGUGGGGACACAGUCCACAGAAGGUACGGUCAGAUGUUGCUUGUGAACUGAUUUGUCGCUGGAACAAGUUCUAGUGUGGAUAGUGUCAGAAAACUACUUCUGAAAGCUUGGAUGAGUUAAGUUUAUCAGUAGAGCGAUAACAAUGCAAAAGCUCACAAAUUAUCAAGCAUCUGUUGGAAAUGUGCUAAUUACAGGAGCAAUAGUACUUGCUUUCUGUCUAAGCCUAGCCCUUUCCUUCUGCCUGCAGUUUCUCGCUGUGUGGAGCAGCGAGGUACUUCAUCUGUUUGGGCUGACUUUGCUGUAGAAGAGCUAUACAGGACUUGGCAGUUUUUAACUACAAGUAGUAAACUCUUGUUUGAAUAAUUGCUACUGCUUGGAGCUGUGCUGCAGGUUUUAAUUGUUUGAAUGGCUAAUGGUAUAUGUUAGCAGAGGCAGAAUCCCGGAGUGAGCUUGCAGCCUGUUCUCUAAACUGCCACUUCAGACGGAUGGUAGGUAGCUACUGGCAUUAAGUGAAAGAUGUAACUCUCUCUAAUUGGUUUUCCUGAAGGAAAAGAAUAAGAAUCCUAACCGGACCCAAAUAUUGGGUAUAUAAAGAGCCCACAAAUAAAUCAUUUAUCGGUGUCAGAAUGAUUGAAGAAUAUAACAGCUAUGCUUUAGAAAGAAUAAAUCCAGUUCCUGUUUUUGCCUAAACAGAUUGAUUACAGUACUGAGGAUGUGUGUUUUUAAAAGAAAACACCAAAACACAAGACAAGCCUAGAUCUGUAUAUAACCUGUUGGCUUACAGAGAACGAAACGCGCACAUAGAGGAAGUAGUAUUCUGUGGGAAGGAAAGCUGCUUCAUCAGAUCUCUGCCCUGUUGUGAGCCAUUUAAAUCAACAAGCUGCACUACCCGAGCAAGCCACCCUGUUCACUGGAGGGAAAGAGGGGCUUCGUAUGCAGUAUGCAACUGAAGUAGAUUACUAAGACUACAAUCUUUCCAGCAUAACUGGGCUGGGAUUUGUUGUUUUCACUCAUACAAGCAAAGGUAAAAUAAGUUUUAAGUAGCUUAUACUUCUAUAGGGUAAUGACCUAGCUAACAUCUAAAACACUGCUUAAAUGUAGUUUGCCGUUAUCUUUUGACCAUUGAAAUACUUUGUUUUACAGCUGGUUUGAGUUUUGUUUGGAUUGUUUCUUAAAAGGGCCUUAAUGUUUGUAGUAUGCGUUUUCUUUUGCUGCAGUGAAAAGAAGUUGCUUGUUGAAUAAAAAGGAAAACAUGAAGGCGCUCCUUUCAAAAAGUGGAGAAGCUAGAAAACUUCUUAUUUUGUGGUUCUAAACACAGACUUAAGAUUUGUACACCUUUAUCUGGAACCUUUUUUAAUAAUAGUCUCGGUGCUCCAAUGCAGGGCUGUCAGCUUUUUCUACAGAUAAAACUGUCUCAGCCUGAAUGGUCACUCCUCGUUAAGAGUUUGACAUUGUUGCACAGCAUAUUUAAUGCUAAAAUUGUUUUUACCUUUUUGUUCAGUUUGCAUCCGUUUCCCUUUGAUAUUACUAAUUUUUAUACAAAGUACUCAAUAUUUAUUCUUAAACUUUGCUCUGUACCACAAAAUGACAAUGGUUUUGUAAAAUUUGUUUUGAAUAAACAGACUUAUUUCUUUUAAAAAAACCCACAAAACAACACAACAAAGGUGGUAAAUAUCUCUUGUUGCUUUCUCUGUAACUGACAGGCUCAGCUCUGAUGCUUUUAAACGCUGUUCUGAGUCCCCUCUCGGGACUGUUCUACCUUCAACCAAACCUCUUGUGGAACAAAAGGCAAAAUUGGUGUUCCCAAGAAAGGGGACAGUUCAGAAAAUUGUUUACCAAGCUUUUAGGUCUGAAGUUGUGUCAAAUCGCCAAAUAUUAGAAGCUUAACCCGUUGCUAAUAUUAACUUCCAAAUGCGUAUGUUCUCUUUAGGCAGUCCUUCCCAGGAGAUGCGUAUCUAUCUAAAUACGUUCUAUUUCAGAUGGCGCUUUGCACCUUUUGAAAACUAGCUGACAGUUUGGAGACCAGUGAUAAUAGUUUCAUAGGGUAUAAUUAAAAUCAGAUAGUAGUAAGUCGCAUUUUCCUAUGUGUCUCCAAUUUGUCUAGCAUAACGUAUCAAGCUCGUGUUUUCAGAAAUACACUCUUUAGCAUCAAGUAACUUCAGUGCAUACCUGUGUGACAGGCAUAACGUAAGUAUAAAUUCUCUAAAUCAUACUGAAGAAGAGAACAAAGGAAAUGAAGUCAGUGAUGAUUGUGAGGUUUGGUUUGUGGGCUUAUUGCAGGGUGGUGUGGUUUUUUGUAGUCUUUUUUUUUUCCAUUGCUCCCUUUGGCCUAGAAACAGAGCAGUUCAACUAAAUUAAACUGGGUUUGCUUGUUACUUUCUGUUAAACUUAAAUGACUUAAGUAUUUGGUGGUUUAGCAUAUGUCAUUAAUAAUCUCUUUCUCAGACUUUGCAGAAAGGGAGAAAAGAUUAUUGCUUGCAUUUGAAAAACCAGAAGCUUCUUGGAGGCAUAUAGUCAAAUAUUAAUUUCCUGAACACGGUGAGAUGAUCUUUAAUACUGCUUUUUCAUAAAUACAUGCGAGACUUUCUCACGUCAGUAACUAAUGCUUCUAAGAAAAAAAAUAAAUUGCAAAAGAACCCGAACCAAAAGCUAAACCUUGCUUGCUUUUCCAGCUGACAGACCGCGUGUAAACACGUGGCUAUAAGCAUUUCAGUGACUUAACUGUAUCUAAUUUAUUAAUCUUAACGAACUUCAAAGAAGUUGUAGAUAAUGUACUAUAAAUGCAG